UGGAUUUUGGCCAUUACCAUGGUAAUUUUUCAUUUUCUGAAAGUGUUCCCUUGUUGCCAAAAUAAACAUUUUGCAUCUUGACAAUAAUUUUGCACCAAAGUUAAGACAGGAUUGUCACAGUGAGGUUGUCUUCAUUUCUAAAUUUUUCGAAAGUGCAAAUUUCUGCGAUAUUCGCUUUUCUGGCUCAAGAAGUAAAGAUUUUAAAUUUGCACAAUUGUCAUGGUUUGUUUGUUCUCAGCAGCAGACAUUAAAUACAACAAAUAUUUUGGCCUAUUUAGAAUCUCCUGAGUGGAGGGUCCUUCACUUUUGGCUCCGCCCACUCUUCAAGCCUUUGACCUCCUGAACCAUAGUUUGCUUUCCUCCCAAGGGCGCACUUUAUAUCUGAUUCCCCUGAAAUCUACCCAGAGCCAAGAGCAAAUAGUAAAAUAAGGCCAUGCCAUGAAGCAGAUCAAUGAAGGUCUGAUCUGUGAUGCUGACGGCAACGGUUCAGACGGAGAAAGUUCUAAAGCUAUUAUUUUCAGCAGGGAUCUAAAACCGGAAGGGGGGCGUCAGCGACACCCGUCGGGCAGCGUCAAUGCCAAAGAGAUGGUGAUCGGCCUGGAGGGGGUGGAAUUAGGAGCUGAUGGAAAGACUGUGUCCUACACACAGUUCCUCUAUCACAACGUGCUGGGCGGUCGCAGGAACACCAUCGACUCCACCUCGUCCUUCACUCAGUGUCGGAACACCAGCCACCGCAGCCUGAGUUUGGGCAGAGCCAACAGCAACCAGAGCAGCCUGGACACGGGGAAUGAUCUGGGGGACUUUCGCGAGUAUGACCCCAAUCUGCUGGAUGACCCUCAGUGGCCUUGUGGAAAACACAAGAGAGUUCUCAUAUUUCCCUCCUACAUGACUACAGUCAUCGAAUACGUCAAGCCCUCUGACCUCAAGAAGGACAUGAAUGAAACUUUCAAGGAGAAAUUCCCCCACAUAAGACUGACGCUCAGCAAGAUCAGGAGCUUGAAGCGGGAGAUAAGAAAGUUGGCCCAGGACGAGUGCGGCUUCGAGGAGCCCACAGUGGCCAUGGCUUUUGUCUACUUUGAAAAACUCGUUCUGCACGGCAAACUCAACAAGCAGAACCGCACGUGUGCCGGAGCGUGUGUCCUUCUGGCAGCCAAGAUUGGUGGCGAUCUCAAGAAACACGAAGUCAACUCCUGUAGAUCUGAAGUGUUCUAUUAA